AACAGCCGAGAGAGAGAGAGAGAGACGGGGGGCGGGGCUAGCCUUGUGGUACCGCCUCCUUACGUCACUUCCCUCCGAGCAAGCACCACCCCUCCGGCCGCCACCACUCGUACCGUUUGGAAGUAGAAUGGCAACGGCCGUGUGCGGUCGUCAGCCCGUUGGCAGCAGCAGUAAGGCGACCAAAACACAGCGGGAGCAGCGAAGGAAAAGCAGAGAUUCCAAAAGGCGACAGGCGGCCGUCUUGUUUCUCAGCAAUAUCUCACUCGACGGACGGCCUCGGUGUCCGUCGAGCAACGACGCCGCUACUCGAAAAGCCGCCGAGGAGCCGCCGCGGUCCUCGCCGACGGAGAGCCGAGGAGCGCCGUCGCAGGUGGCGGAGCCCGCUCCGUCCGCCGGGAGCUCUUCGUCCAGUUUUCCGCCCGGCGGCUUCGGUCCUUCGGUCGGGGCCAACGAGGUGUUUUUGGAGGGCGGCGGCGCUGCAGCCGAGCGCCCGGACAGCCCGCUGCUGCCUUUGACCGGCGCUCAACAGCCUUGCGUCUCCCGCGGCCGCUCGGCCCCCGCGGGGAGCCCUUUGCCCGCCGGCCAGUCUCGAGAUUCAAGACCCAGGUUGAGGAAUGUCUCCGGUUCCCCCGGAGCCAAGGUGGCCAAGAAAGUCCACUUCAUCAAGAGCAUGCGGCAGUAUGACACCAGGGGCUGCAGGAUCAUGCUGAUUUGUGCCAGGCGCUCGCUCUACGCCGCAUUCUCAGUGCUGCCCUACGGAGAGGUUGCUCAGCUCAGCGACCUUAAGCUGGAGGCGCAGAGAAGGCAGUCCUCGGUGGCGGCGGCCGAGCUGCUCCCUUCGCUGGAAGGCGCCGAGCCGGACGUUUCGGACGCGUGCGGCAAAACCAUUUCCUACGCUCAGUUCCUUUAUGCGACCAACGCGUUGGCGAGACAGCGGAGCUGCAGCGGCGGCGCGCCGGAAAGCGGCGCCCCCCACACCCCGCCCACGCGUUUCCGCGGGAGGGCGCCGAGGACCUUCCCACUGGCCCGCCUCAACAGCGCCGGGGCGCAAGAAUUGCAUACGGAGGAGGCGGCGGCGGCAGAGUACGACCCCGACCUGCUCAGUGACCCUCGGUGGCCCUGCGGCAGACACAAGAGGGUCCUGAUAUUUGCGUCCUACGUGACGACGGUGAUCGAGUACGUCAAACCCUCGGACCUGAAGAAGGACAUGAACGAGAUCUUCAAGGAGAAGUUCCCUCACAUCCUGCUGACCCUCAGCAAGAUCAGAAGCCUGAAGAGGGAGAUGCGGGCCGUGAGCGAGGAAUGCGGCCUCCAGCCGGUCACCAUAGCGAUGGCCUUUGUUUACUUUGAGAAGCUGGUGCUGCAGGGACGCCUCAACAAGGCCAACAGGAAGCUGGUGGCGGCCGCGUGCGUGCUGCUGGCCGCAAAGAUCAGCAGUGACCUCAGGAAGCACGAAGUCAAGCAGCUCAUCGAGAAACUGGAGGAGCGCUUCCGCAUCGGCAGACGGGAGUUGCUUCCUCUGGAGUUCCCCGUGCUGGUCGCCUUGGAGAUGGGCCUCUACCUGCCCGACAGCAAGGUCAUGCCGCACUACCGCCGACUGGUGCAGCAGGGCUAGACCGCAAAGCUCGGGGGGGGGGGGGGAUUUUUGCACCUUGAUG